GCCGCCGAGCCGGGAGCGGGGCCGGGGCUGGAGCGGGGCUCCCGCCGCCCGAAAAGCGAGUCCUGCCAUGAGGCUACAGCUCCCCAGCCCCAUGGCCUGGGCUCUGUCCUUUGUGCAACAGCGGCGGUGUCCUCACCCUGGAUUCGGAGGACGAGAGGAGCAGCAAAGUGCCUGACCGCCGUGCUGCCGCAUUCCCAGCCUGCCUGUUCGCUGCCCUCCCCGCCUGAUGGAGCCAGUGCUGGCAAAGGACCCUCCUCGAGGCGGCCGGCUGGGCCUGGUGCGAGAGCACUAGUGGCACGUGGACGGUGGCGUGUGCCACCCUGAGAGGGACAAUGGCUCAGGGCACCGGAAGCAUCAACAGUGACUACAAGGACUGGGAGUGGAGCGCCGAUGCUGGGGAACGGGCGAGGCUCCUGCAGAGCCCCAGCGUGGAGACGGUGCCAAAGAGCGGAGAGAGCCAAGGAAAUGGCUUGGGGGCCACGUCGGCUUUGGGAGCCGUCUUCAUCGUGGUCAACGCGGCCCUUGGGGCUGGGCUGCUCAACUUCCCUGCCGCCUUCAGCAUGGCUGGCGGCGUGGCCGUGGGCAUCACGUUGCAGAUGUGCAUGCUGAUCUUCAUCAUCGGAGGCUUGGUCAUCCUGGCGUACUGCUCGCAGGCCAGCAACGAGCGGACCUACCAGGAGGUGGUGUGGGCCGUCUGCGGGAAGGUGCCGGGUGUGCUGUGCGAGGUGGCUAUUGCUGUCUACACCUUUGGCACCUGCAUUGCUUUCCUCAUCAUCAUUGGAGACCAGGAGGACAAGAUCAUUGCUGCUUUGGUGACGGAACCUGGGGAAGCUGAGAGCAGCCGCUGGUACACGGACCGCAAGUUCACUAUCAGCAUCACCGCCUUCCUCCUCAUCCUGCCCCUCUCUAUCCCCAAGGAGAUCGGCUUCCAAAAAUAUGCCAGCUCCCUAAGCGUGAUUGGCACCUGGUAUGUCACAGCAGUCAUUAUCAUCAAGUACAUCUGGCCUGACAAGGAGCUGGUGCCUGUGGAGAUCCCCACCAGCCCCUCCACCUGGACAGCCGUCUUCAAUGCUGUGCCCACCAUCUGCUUUGGGUUCCAGUGCCACGUGAGCAGCGUGCCCGUCUUUAACAGCAUGAAGCAGCCGGAGGUGAAGACCUGGGGGGCGGUGGUGACAGCGGCCAUGGUGAUCGCUCUCUUCGUCUACACGGGCACUGGUGUCUGUGGCUUCCUGACUUUUGGGGCUGGUGUGGAGCAGGACGUUUUGCUGUCCUACCCCUCCAACGACAUCCCCGUUGCCCUCGCUCGCGCCUUCAUCAUCCUCUGCGUGCUGACGUCCUACCCUAUCCUGCAUUUCUGCGGCCGGGCGGUCUUGGAGGGUCUCUGGCUCCGUUACACCGGGGUGACGGUGGAGGAGGACGUGGUUCGGGAGCGGAGGAGGCGCCUGCUUCAGACCAUCAGCUGGUUCCUCCUGACCCUCCUCCUGGCUCUUUUCAUCCCUGACAUCGGCAAAGUCAUCUCUGUCAUCGGGGGCUUGGCUGCCUGCUUCAUCUUCAUCUUCCCAGGGCUGUGCCUGAUUCAAGCUAAGCUCUCUGAGAUCCAAGAAACCAGGGCAAUCAGCUGGUGGGCCCAGGUCAGCUACGGGGUGUUCAUGGUCACCCUUGGAGCCUUCAUCUUUGGACAGACCACUGCCAACGCCAUCUUCGUGGAUCUCACAGCCUGACUCCUCCUCCAGGCUGGACUGUGCUGCUGCUGUGGGGAUGCAGAUUUCCCCUAGGACCAAAGGGAAGUGAGGAGAAAACAUGUUGGUGUGUUGGGAAGAUCCAAGAGGUGCAUUGUAAUCUGGGGCUUGGCUGAAAGAGCCCCGCGGUGGUUUGUAUCUUGUCUUAACGCACCAGGCAGUCAGGCUUCUCCUCUCAGCCCUGACCCCCUGGUGAAGCCAGAGCAUCACUACAAGGGGACCUGCAGUCCAGGUCAAGCCCUUUCUGCCCCUCUGGGGUGGACACUGCUACCUGAGACAUCACUAAGGGAUGACAGUUGGGGGUUGUGAGGACGUGCUGCUCCCACCCGUGUACCCUGUGCUGGUGGAGCUCCUCUCCACAGCUUUAGCUCCUUCUCCCAACAUUGGAGGGAGACUGUGUGUUUUGCAUAAAGGGAACUAGUAAUCUUGUUUCAUCAGACAGGGCGACAUCCCCGUCGUCCUCCUCUGUGUCAGUGUUUGGUUUAACUCCACUUUCUUGUGGCUCAUCUCCUGCCCUUAUUCUUACAUCUGCCUCCGCCUGGGCUGCACUUUGUAUUACAAAGUGGAACCAUCACCUUCAGCCUGAUGGUUUUUUUUUGGAGGAUCAGGAUGAGCCCGGGGUCGGGACACACCAGUGCAAUGCUUCCCCUGCCAGGGGCUGCUCGCUUGCUAGAGAAGGUGCUGUGGCUGCGUCGUCCUACUGGAGACACUAUGCUAGAGCAAAACUCUUCUCCAUACUUCCAAUCCUGUUCUUCCGGGAGGUGUCCAGAGAACGGGACGGGGUCAGGUGUAGGUUUUCAGGGAUGCUUUGGGGAUGAAGCAGUCAGUAUUAUUCUGUUUUAUAUUGUUCCUUUGGUUGUUUACACUCUCCAUGGCUGGUGUUGCUCUGGACUGUCCCUGCAUUGUGUGUCUGGUUGAUACUUUCAGUUCUGUGUCUGCUGGGUUGAGCAGUUCCCCCAGCUGCAGGUUUGGUUGAGGGAGUUAAACCUCAACAGCAAACUGUUCUUGUUCAGUCUUUGAGUUCCCUUGUUCCUUGUUUGGCCUCCAAAACCCUGGGGGAGGCAGAAAUUCAUGUUUAUCUAUUGCUGUGUCUGUGAUGAGGAUCAUCAGGAUGAGAUGGGGAAAGCCAGAUGGAGGAGGAAAAAGCCUCAAGCACACAUGAAUGUUUGAGGGACUCUGUGAAAGCGCAUGUCCCUCCUGCCUCCCCCAAGGUACCUCUGUGCCCUCAACUUCAGACACAACCAGGCUCCAGCAAACCCCCCAUUUGCAUGGCCCCGGCUGCCCCUGAGCCCCUUCACCCAGCUCCCGCCCCGAGAGCCGGCGCUGGGGCUUGGGGACCCCUGGGCACAAAGGCAAGGGUGUCCCCCCCGCCACCACCCAGCCCUGCCUGCCGCUUCUCCUGGACCACGGAGCCACGUCCUGUGGGGCCCCGCAGAGAUGGUCAAAGCUCAGCAGCUGCCAGCGCCAAGAUGCCUUUAGUGCCUGUCCCCAAGCAAGAUGGAGAGGGGGCGUUGGAUUAGGUGACCGUUGAAGGUCCCUUCCAACCCAAACUGUUCUGUGGUUCUAGGGGUUCGGUACCCAGUGGCUUUUGCGGCUCUGGCUUUCCCGGGGGUGAGGUCCUGCUGCCGACACAGGAGCAGACGCGGUGUCCCACAGCUCUGGUUGUCGCCCGGGGGUCCGCGUGGCUGAGGUGGGGGGCAGGGAGGUGCUGUGGCCGUUCGUCUGUUUGCCUUACGGUUCCCCUGACUGUUUACAAAACACCGGCCUUUUAAAAUGUAUUUUCUGCCCGCAGAAAGCGGCGGGACCUCGACUCAAUAAACGUGACGUUGUGGUGCAUGCA